AUGGCAAAUCGAGAUAUUGCAUCAAGAUGUUCUGGUGGAUGGUGUUUGGCCCUGGCCUCUUAUCUGAGCAAGAAAAAACUUCCUUGCUCUCAGUUUUUGUUCAUGGUGAUGUCUAUCGAUCCAAACCAAUACGUCUACUUACCUAUGAGAAAGUCUCAAGAAAAACUGACGGAAGAACGUACUCGAAAUGGAGAUAUGUUUACAACCCCUAACGCCGGCCUGUUUUCUGUUGACGCGUCGUUUAUGAUUCGCGCAUCGGACGCGUCUCGCGCCGACUCUCCGCGGCCGGAGCGUCUUGGCAGCGGAGCGGAACAGGCAGAUGUCAACAUCAAGCAUCGAUAG